AUGUCGGAUUCCGGCCCCAAACCGCUCGCUAUCAUCGGGUUCGCUGCCAAAUUCUCCCAGGAGGCGACCAAUGUGGAGAAUUUCUGGGAAUUCCUUCUCAAGGCGCGUCAGUCUAUGACUGCGUUUCCGAAGGAUAGACUGAAUCUCGAUGGUUACUAUCAUCCAGAUCCAGAGCAUGCUGGAACGAUCCAUGCGAAAGGUGCACAUUUCCUGGCAGAGGACCCAAACGCGUUUGAUGCGGCGUUUUUCAAUGUGAACAAAACCGAGGUUGCAAGCCUCGACCCUCAGCAGCGACUGGUGAUGGAAAAUGUGUAUCAUGCACUUGAGAAUGCUGGUAUCCCAAUGGAUAAGGCUGUGUCGUCUAAUACAUCCGUCUUCGUUAGUGGGUUCAACCACGACCACAGGGAUCGGUUGAACACCGACCCCGAUAUCGCUUUGAAACAUCGGCCCACGGGAUCGGAAAGCUCCAUGAUAUCUGGGAGAGUGAGCUGGUUCUAUGAUUUUAGAGGCCCGAGCUUGACGGUCGAUACUGCAUGCUCGAGCUCAAUGGUUGCCUUUCAUCUGGCGAACCAAAGCGUCCUAACUGGGGACAGUGAUAUGGCAAUUGUCAGCGGAGUAAACGUCUUCGGUGCCCUGAACCAUAUCCAAGGAAUGAGCUAUUCAGGAUUCCUCAGCCCUGACGGAAAGUGUUUCACAUUCGACCAUCGAGCGAACGGAUAUUCCAGAGGAGAGGGAGUUGGUACCGUGAUCGUGAAGUCACUGGACAAAGCUCUUGCUGACGGCGACACAAUCAGGGCCGUAAUUCGCGCCACGGCCUUGAACCACGAUGGCCGCACCCCCGGUCUAACCUACCCCAGCGGCGAUGCCCAAGAGCGCCUCAUCCGGAGUAUAUACGCAUCUGCCAGGUUGGACCCUGCCGAGACUCUCUACGUCGAGUCCCACGGCACCGGCACGACUGCCGGUGAUCCCAUUGAAGUACGCUCCAUCGUUCAGGCUUUUGGCUCCGUCGACCGCGCGCAGCCGAUCUACGUCGGAGCGUUGAAACCCAACAUUGGCCAUGUUGAAGGAGGAUCGGGGAUAUCGGGGAUUAUCAAAGCAAUCUUGAUCCUGGAGUCUGGUGUCAUUCCGCCGAAUGUUAACUUCGAGAAGGUUAACCCCCACAUUCAUAUGGAUGAGUGGAAGGUCCGUUUUCCAACGGAGGUUCUGCCGUGGCCUGCGUCUGGUCCUCGACGUGUGUCAGUGAAUUGUUUCGGGUUGAGUGGAACCAAUGCUCACUGUAUUCUGGACGAUGCAUACCAUUUUCUCCAGAGUCAAGCUCUGACUGGGAACCAUAACACGCGGCCAGCUACGCCUACAAUCGAGGAGGUCACUCGGUUGGUAAAUUCACGAGUCGAUGCUAAAACACCGGAUGUUCAACAGGAGGACGCAAGUGCAAGCGAUAGAGAGACCCCUAAGCUUCUUCUCUUCUCCGGGUUCGACCAGGACGCGCCUAAGCGGAUCUCGGCUGAACUUCUCCAGUACAUCAAGCACCAUGCCCAUUCCUCAAACCGAGAUCAGACCCAGACACUCCGCGACGUGGCGUUCACGCUCUCGGAGAGAAGGUCCCACUUUCGAUGGAACAGUUACCUGCUCGCAGGGUCACUGAAGGAACUUGAAGCGCAGUUGGAAUCAGACACAGGCCUCCCACCUGCGAUCAGCGCACAGAAACCACCGAAGAUUGGCUUUAUCUUCACCGGACAGGGUGCCCAGUACCCCGGGAUGGGCCAGCAACUGUUGCCGUUCUCCGUGUUUCGGGAAUCUCUCAACUCUGCCACCGCGUACCUAAAGUCGUCACUUGGCUGUGAAUGGUCAAUCAUUGAUGAAAUCCUCAAGGAUAAAGCUGACUCGAGAAUGCACGAGGCUGUCAUAUCCCAAGGUUGUUGCACAGCCAUUCAGGUGGCCUUGGUCGAUCUAUUGCACAGUUGGAAUAUCCAUCCCGUUAGCGUUGUUGGGCAUUCCUCUGGAGAAAUAGCAGCUGCCUACUGCGCCGGGAAGAUUUCCCGCGAGGCUGCAUGGCAUGUCGCAUAUGAACGCGGACGUCUGACCUCACAUAUCCCCAGGAAGACGAAAGGGGCGAUGCUUGCCGUUGGAUUGGACGGUGUGACCCUGCAGGCGUAUCUGGAACAAAUCCACGACAAGAUGUCUGGAGAUUUGGUGGUAGCGUGUUUUAACAGUCCCAAAAACCACACUGUUUCCGGAGACGAGACCUUGAUAACUGCCCUGCAGAGCACGUUGGAGGAGAAAGGCGUAUUUGCCCGUCGACUGAAAACCCCCAGUGCUUAUCACUCCCCUCAUAUGUUAGAUAUUGCCGAAGGUUAUGCGAAUGCUCUGCGGGAAGCUCCGCAAGGAUCCUACCUAAGCCAGAACGCAAGUGUCCGUAUGUUGUCUACCUCAGCUGGGAGUGAGGUGAUGGACGACCGAAUCCAGAGCGAAUAUUGGGUGAACAACCUGAUUUCUGCGGUGAAGUUCACAACAGCACUACAAUCCAUGUGUCUCGCCCGUGAUGGGUCUGCUCCCGAUGAAGUCCUGGAGCUUGGGCCUCACGGCGCGCUUCAAAGUGCAGUGAAGGAAACCCUGAUGGGACAGGGAUCAAUUGCAUAUCGAGCGACUAUGAAUCGCAACGAUAAUACGGCAAAGACUAUGUUGCACACGAUUGGGGCACUGGCCGUCCGUGGAGUACAGGUCAACUUGUGUAGGGUGAAUUUAGGCAGUGAAGCCGCCCAGCGAAGCCCAAAAUUGCUGGUAGACUUCCCACCUUACCCGUUCAAGCAUGAGGAGAAAAGUCUCUAUGAGAGCCGACUCACUCGUGCUAUACGUUUCAGACCCUUGCCCCAGCAUGACCUGCUGGGCGCACCAUCUCCAGAUUCCAGCCCGCUACGGUGGUCCUGGAAACAUUAUCUCCGGGUGACCGAGAUGCCGUGGCUGAGAGACCAUGUGGUUGCCGAGAACAUAGUCUUUCCCGGUGCAGGCUAUAUCGUGAUGGCCAUCGAGGCUACCCGACAAAUCAUGAACGGUGUCCCCCUCAACGGAUUCCAUGUCCGAGAUGUAGCGCUGAAAUCAAUGCUGAUUGUCCCUGAUAACAAAGAUGGGGUGGAAACCUUCUUCUCCCUGUCGCCAAUGGAUGAAUCCAACGUAUCGACAUCCUCCAUCUGGAACAAGUUCACGGUCAGUUCAUACGACUUUGACAAUGACGAAUGGACCGAAAACUGUUCAGGCUACGUAUCCGCGGAGUUGAAAGGCUCACCUAGCCCCGUCACUCGCGGCCGCGAAGAUACAUACAAGCUUGAGACCUGGGACCUGGCGCAGAAACAAGCGGAUCUGUGUCGGAGGCCCAUGGAUUUUGUCAGAGUAUGCGAUAAUCUGGAUUCAGUUGGCAUCAAGUUCGGCCCGCUGUUCCGCAAUAUGUCAGACGUGAAGAUUGGAGGCCAGGGUGCUGGAGUUAUGGCCGGCAAGAUCAACAUCCCUGAUGUUGCUGUGGCCAUGCCAAAGGGCUAUACUCACCCGCAUUUGAUCCAUCCGGCUACGCUCGACGCAACGCUCCAGGCUGGGAUCGCGGCCAUCUGUGACUACACUGGCAAUGGUUUGCUAAGACGAGGCAGCGUCCCGGCGUUUAUCAAAGACCUGUGGAUAUCGGCUUCUAUGCCAGCUCAAGGGAGCCUGCAAUGUUCCGGUAACGCGUCUUUACUGGCUCAUGAUACGUAUACCUUCGACGGAAGGGUGUGGGAUCUAGAUGGGAAGACCGGCCUUAUCACAUUGGCAGGAGUUCGCUUAACACCCUUCCAGUCGAAGACAGACAAUGCCAAUGAGAAGCAGCUGUGCCACUCUAUCAAAUGGGGUGCCGACGCAAGCUUUGCCUCCAACUUGGUGUUGGGCCAGCCGAACCCGGAUCUGUCGGUUUACGAGAGCGAAAAGCUCUGGUUCACUGAACUCCAGCUGGCAGCUACCCUCUUAGCCGCCGAUGCCCUAACAGAUUUAAAGACAUAUAAAUUACCUGAAACAACACCCAGCCACCUGCUAAAGUUUCAUGAGCUGAUAAAGCGCAUGGUCGCGGAUGUUGCUAGUGGCUCGAUACCUCACGUCACAUUCGAGCAGUGGCAAAAAUACGCCAACGACCGUCUACUGAAACGCGAGCUUUAUGACCGAGUCGCGGGUCGCGAUCUGAACGGGGCUGUUUUAGUGCGAAUGGGGUCUUGUAUCGCAUCCUUCUUGCAAGAGCAAUCGGACCCUUUGUACGUCAUGUUUGGACAGGACGACCUGAUGGCCCGAUACUACGACUCGGACAUGGAAAUGGGGCCGAUCCCCGAGCAGUUCGAGCAGCUGAUGUCUUCCAUGCGAUUCACAUUUUCCAAUCUCAAGGUCUUAGAGGUUGGCGCAGGUACUGGCGGAUUCACGUCCCGCGUUUUGAAGUCCCUACACCCUGUGAACGCGGAUGGCGAGAUAGAAGGGAACUGUAUUGCCUCCUACGACUUCACAGAUGUAUCCCCGAGCUUCUUUGAGAAAGCCAAGGAUCGUCUCGCGGAGUGGAGUCGCAUACUCAAUUAUAAAAAGUUGGAUCUCGGGGUUGAUCCCGUCUCUCAGGGCUUCACAGCGGCAUCCUACGACAUGAUUGUUGCGAGCAAUGUCCUUCAUGCGACUGCCAACAUUCAGCAAACUCUAAAAAACAUGCAUCACCUGUUGAGGCCCGGUGGCAAGCUGCUGUUCCUCGAAGGCGUCCGGCAGGAAACCGUCUACAGCAACAUCUCCUUCAGUGCGCUGCCUGGGUGGUGGCUUGGCCAGGAGCGGGAAAGGGAGUGGUGCCCCUAUAUCUCCAAAGAACAGUGGCAUACUUAUCUGUGCGGUUCAGGAUUCUCGGGCGUAGAUGUCAGCAUUUCGAGCUCGCACUAUCCAGAGUUCAAUAAGCUCGGAAUCAUGCUCUCAACUGCCGUCCAGCCACCUUUGAUGGCCAACAGCUCCACAGUCAUGAUAAUUUGUACGGAGCCGGAGGGUGGAAGUGUUGGGGCCUUACUACAGGACUAUUUCAACAAACAAACGGGCAUUCCCAAUUGUGCUAUGCUUCACCCUAGCCAGCUUCUCGAUACUAACCUCAACGGGGUCGUGUGCAUUUCCCUCCUGGAGCUCUACUCGCCGAUCCUCGGGGAUUUGGAUGAAAAUAGCUUUGCACAAGUGAAACAUAUUUUGUCAACCUGCGCCCGGAUGAUAUGGGUCACAGGAGCAGAAGACCCGAGAAAUAGCAUGGCUGCUGGUUUAAUACGGACCCUGCGGUGGGAGCGUGAUUCUCAGGAUCUCAACCUGGUCACAGUAGCGGUUGACGCUCAAGGAAGCCCUGCAGACCAGAUACUUCGCGCUAUAUCCGAUAUAUAUCAAUAUCAAUUCAUCAACGUGGGUGGGCGAAUAGAGCGUGUGAAUGCGGAGUAUAAACUUGUCGAUGGCCAGAUCCACACGAACCGGGUCGUUGACAAUGUCGACGCCACCGAAGCGAUCUCCUCCCAGUUCUCAGAGCCUGAGCCAGUACCCUCCAAAUGGCCGGGCAUGGUACGACCUAUUAAACUUCAAAUAGGCCAGCCUGGGGGCCUGGACAGCCUACACUGGGUGACUGACGGCGACAUGUCACAGCCCCUCAACCCUUCGGAUAUCGAGGUCGAAAUCCGCGCUGUUGGGAUCAACUUCCGGGAUCUAUUGACGGUGAUGGGCGAGCUCCCACAGGCAACUAUUGGCGGCGAAGCAGCUGGCGUGAUUACGCGAGUCGGCUCAGCGGUCGGUAAGUUCAAUGUAGGAGACCGAGUUGCAUACUUUGGCGACCCUCGCUACGUGGGUGCUUUCCGGACAUUGGGCAGAGCCGAUGAAAGCCUGGCCAUGCGGAUUCCGGACGAAUUCGACUUCGAACAGGCAGCUAGUAUGCCUGUUAUCUACACGACCGUGAUAUACUCUCUGAAGAACGUUGUCAGGUUAGAAGAAGGAGAGUCCGUCCUUAUACAUGCAGGCGCCGGCGGCGUGGGCCAGGCGGCCAUACAAUACGCACAAUUCGUCGGCGCAGAGGUGUUUACCACCGUCUCCACUGCGGAGAAGAAGGAGCUCCUUAUGAAGGAGUACAAUAUUCCAGAAGACCAUAUCUUCUCCAGUCGUGACAUGGCAUUCGCUGCAGGUAUCAAAAAGCUGGCACCGGGCGGUGUUGAUGUAAUUCUCAACUCUCUUUCCGGGGAGGCUCUUCGUCAGUCAUGGGACUGCAUUGCUCCGUUUGGCAGAUUCAUUGAAAUUGGAAAGCGGGAUAUCCAAACUGGUGGAAAGCUCGAUAUGGAGCCAUUCUUAAAGAAUGCGGUCUUUGCGAGCGUAGACUUGCUCACCGUUGCCAAACAUCGGCCCCAAGUAUUUGUGAAGCUCUAUGAUGAGCUAGGAAAGUUAUGGAGCGAGGGCAAGAUUCGGCAGCCUCAGCCAGUGACUAAAUACACGUAUAGCAAUAUCCAAGCAGGACUACGCUCGCUUCAGCUCGGGCAGAGUGUGGGAAAGAUUGUUUGCGUGCCGAGUGAUGAGCAGAUUCCUGUCUUGCCAGAGCCAGAGAGUCCGUUUGAACUGGACUCCAACGGAUCGUACAUCCUGGCGGGUGGACUUGGAGGCAUCGGACGCAGCAUUGCUUACUGGAUGGCGUCUAAAGGCGGGAAACACCUUAUCUUCUUGAGCCGCUCUCAUGGACUGAGCUCAGCAGCGGGAGAGAUGAUAUCCACGCUACAGAGCAUGGACUGCCAGCCCCAUGUCUUCUGCUGCGAUAUCGCAGAUGAACAGAGGCUAGGGGCCACGGUGAAGGAAAUCCAAGCGAACUACCCUCCUAUACGCGGAUGUAUCAACUGCUCGGUAUCUUGGGCAGAUAGUGCAUUUGAAAAUAUGACCUAUAACGAAUGGCGCACGUCCAUAAAGUCAAAGGUUAACGGAUCCUGGAAUCUCCACAGCAUUCUACCGUCUAAAGACCUCCAAUUUUUCGUUAUGCUAUCCUCUGUUGCCGGCGUGGUUGGCAACCGAAGUCAAGCCAACUACAACGCGGGCAAUACAUUCCAGGAUGCCCUAGCGAGACACCGUAUAUCGCGCGGGCUUCCCGGUGCAAGCGUCGAUCUUGGAGCUGUUGUGUCCGUUGGCUUCAUGGCUGAAAACAAGGAAUACGUCAGGCAUACCAUGAAAAUCGCCAACCAUCACCGUGAGGAUCAAAUGCUCGCCAUAAUCGAUUACCUCCUCGAUCCUCGACGCGUGCUAACAGAGACGACUUGCCAGUUGGUCUGCGGCCUGUCCACCCAGUCAGAUUAUGAGAAACGAGGCAUCCCGGCCCCAAGGCAUCUCCAGUACCCAAUGUUCAUGCACUUACAAGGUACUAUUUCUAAUGAGGAGGUGCAAGGUUCCAAGACGGAUCAGUACCAUGUCCAAGCCUUGCUAGCAGCCGCGCGCACCGAGGUCGAAGCGGCGGAUGUUGUUUUGAACGGCAUUCGGAAGAGGCUAUCAACAAUUCUUAGCGUGUCUGAAAGUGACAUUGAUCCGUCCUGCUCGAUCCGUGAAAACGGAGUGGAUUCGUUGAUUGAAAUGGAAUUCCGGACGUGGGUGUCGAAGGACCUGGGGGCAACCAUAGCUAAGGGAGAUAUGAGCACGAAGAGUGUCGCCGAGUUGAGCGUGAAGAUAGCAGGAUCCAGUGCGUUCACCCACUUUAAAGGUUGA